AUCCUCUGAUGAACAAAGAAUUUGAGAAGCUUCCCUCUUUUCUUCCGCUUUCUCGCUCUUUCCCUUGCCCAAUCCCCUCCACAGCCGAUUCAAUCCACUCCCUCCAAACCGGACCCAAAUCUCCACUCCCCAACACUUGCACAAAAAACAAUCAAUUCCAGAGAGAGAAACCAAUAUACAACUACUACUACAAUAGUAGAGAGAGAGAGAGGGUCUGCUUUGAUUGGACUUUCUUCAAUACUUUUUUUUUGGGUAAGUGCUUUCUUCAAUACUUGUGACUUGUGAGGAAGAAUGUUCUUCUUCUUAUUGAACAGAGAAUAAGCAGUUAAAAGGCGACCUUUUUUUCCUUUCAGAGAGGGUUGUGACAGGUUAAGGGCGGUGCGCAUCCCAGGCGCAAUAUAGAACUUCCUCGGGGAAGGGUCAUGGGGGAGCUACCUCAAGCAGGUGAAGUCUACGCGCCGCCGCCGAGGAGUUUACAGCUGUGGAAAUCACUGUUGAACUGGCUGGCCUUGUUCUUCCAGAUCUUCCUUCAGAUCCUCAGGGGUACGCCCCAAGUCCUCUCCUACGUCGGCCUUGGCGGGGCCCGCUCCGUCCUCUCCCCUGAUUUCAAGCCCUUGCCCGUCGCUGACUCGCCGGAGUUUCAGGACCCGGCGGCCGCGGCCGUCGAGAUCAGCGCCGCUGUCGACGACGACCACGAUGGUUCUCGGGAGAUGAAGAGGCUUACGGUGGUUCUUGAUUUGGAUGAGACUUUAGUCUGUGCUUAUGAAACAUCAAGUUUACCUGCCAUUGUUCGUAAUCAAGCUAUAGAAGCUGGGUUGAAGUGGUUUGAGCUGGAAUGCGUAUCUUCGGACAAGGAAUGUGAAGGCAAGCCCAAAAUCAACUAUGUUACCGUUUUUGAACGUCCUGGAUUACGAGAUUUUUUAGAACAACUCAGUGGAUUUGCAGAUCUUGUGUUAUUUACCGCAGGUCUUGAAGGUUAUGCCAGACCACUUGUUGAUAGAAUAGACGUUGAGAAUAGAUUUUAUCGUAGACUGUAUCGGCCUUCAACAAGUAGCACGGAAUAUCGAGAACAUGUGAAAGAUCUGUCUUGCCUGUCAAAGGAUCUCUGCCGAACAGUAAUAGUCGAUAACAACCCAUUCAGUUUCUUAUUGCAACCAAUGAAUGGAAUCCCUUGUAUACCAUUCUCUGCUGGACAACCACAUGAUGAGCAGCUUCUGGAAGUCCUCCUUCCGCUCCUCCAACACCUCUCUCAGCACAAUGACGUGAGACCCGUUCUUUACGAGAAGUUCCACAUGCCUGAAUGGUUUCAAAAGCAUGGAAUUCCUUGCUCUGGUUAGAAAAAAAUAGGAUCAGGAAUGUCGAUAAUCAUAGGUUGAUUCUUCUUUAACGGGUCUUUGUAUAGCAUCAUUUUGUACACGGGAGCAGUUGGUGCAAAAGCCACGUUUUCGAUUCUCAAUGCAAAGCAUCACCUGCUGCAUCAAUUAAGUAUGUCAAUGGUUUCUGGUAUUUGGUACGUAGAAUUUGUUGAAACUCUCAUUCUCAUGUAACUCUGUUUAUAUGCCGGUGUGCAACAUUCCUUCAUGUAAGUUAUUCUUUGCUCGGUAUGGACAAGGCACAACUUACCUUGUACUAUUUGAAAAUGUAUUAAUGUGUUUCUUUCCGAGAAAGAUUUGAGCUUC